UACACACACCUCAAGAUAGAAUACAAUUCCAUUCAUAGCUCCAAAAACACAUAACCAUGGCUGCGCCAUCUGAAACUAAUGUCUCAAACUCACCAUCACUUCUGUCUCAACUUUUACAAGGAAACUCUUACACUGAAGAGUUCAAAGAACUUCUGAAUUCACUACCCAAAGAAACAGGUUGGCUCGCUCCUGAUUUGUACAACUACAAAGGGUUUUGGUUGGAGCCCUUUUUCUUGCAAGGUGCCCUUACAUCCCAACAACAUUUCCAGGCUCAAGACUCUGAUGUUAUACUAAGCACCUUCCCUAAAUCCGGCACCGUUUGGUUGAAAGCUCUGGCAUUUGCGCUGAUCACUCGAAAACAGUUCCUUGCGUCGCAAGAAAGUGAAAAAUCCCACCCUUUACACACAAACAACCCUCAUGAGCUCAUUCCCUACUUGGAAUUUUCUUAUGCGGUGAAAGAAAGACCGGAUUUCGCUUUGGCUAAAGGGUCGAGGCUAUUGGCUACACAUUUACCGCUCUCGUUGUUCCCCAAAUCGGUGUGGGAAUCGAAAUGCAAGGUGAUUUAUCUCUGCAGGAACCCCAAAGACACCGUGGUGUCUUUCUGGCACUUCAUGAAUAAGCUGAGGAGGGAGCUUCGAGGCCUGGAAGCCUUGCCGUUUCCCGAGGCGUUUGACAGUUAUUGCAGGGGAGUGAGUAACACUGGGCCUUUCUGGGACCAUGUAUUGGAGCACUGGAAAGAAAGCCUGGAAAAUCCCAGAAAAGUUUUAUUCUUCAAGUACGAGGAGAUGAAGAAAGAGCCGGAGGAUCAUUUGAGGCGAAUGGCGGCGUUCUUGGGGUGCCCAUUUUCUCAGGAGGAAGAAGAGAGUGGUGUGGUAAGUGGAAUCUUGAAGCUUUGUAGCUUUGAAAGCUUGAGCAAUUUGGAGGUUAACAAGAAUGCUAUUAAUGGCGGUCUUGGGGUUGAGAAUGGUGUGUUAUUCAGGAAAGGUAAAGUUGGAGAUUGGAGGAACUAUCUGACUGAUAAAAUGGCUAAGACACUUGAUCAAAUUGUCCAGGAAAAGUUCACAGGGACAGGACUCAUGUUAUGAUCUCAGCUCAGUCAUCGCUGGUACGAGGUGGUCGGGGUUCAUCUUAUCAUAUAAUUGAUCAUGUUUUAAUUUAAUGUUUAAUAUUUUUCUGUUUGCGAGUAGUGUGUAUUGUUUGUUGUUUAUCUAUCGUUAUAUCGUGGACUGGAGUAUUUAUAUUGAGGUAUUGCAUGUUUAUUGGAUCUA